AUGGGUUACUUCUUGUACUUCUCCGCUGAGACAUGGACUCUGCUGGUUGCCUUUGUCACACUCCUCCUUGUGUAUGCCUACUGGCCUUAUGGAACUUUCAAGAAAUUAGGUAUCUCCGGUCCUAAACCUGUCCCAUUUUUUGGGACAAUGCUGAAUUAUCGAAGGGGGUUCUUCAACUUCGAUCAAGAGUGCUAUAGGAAAUAUGGGAAAAUAUGGGGUAUUUAUGAUGGCCGCCAGCCCGUGUUGUGUGUUGCAGAUCCUGAAAUCAUAAAGGCCAUUCUGGUUAAGGAAUGCUACUCUUUCUUCACCAACCGCAGAAAUUUCCGUCUGAAUGGGCCCCUGUAUGAUGCUGUAUCCAUUGCUGAAGAUGACCAAUGGAAAAGGAUCCGUAGUGUCCUGUCUCCUUCCUUCACCUCUGGGAGACUGAAGGAGAUGUUUGAAGUCAUGAAGAGUCAUUCUGCUAACCUGAUCCGCAGCAUGAAGAAAAAGGCAGACAAGGGAGAAGCAUUAGAACUGAAGGAAUUCUUUGGAUCAUACAGCAUGGACGUCGUAACCAGUACAGCCUUCAGUGUAGAUAUAGAUUCACUGAACAACCCUUCAGACCCAUUUGUGACAAACAUCAAGAAGAUGCUGAAGUUUGACUUUUUAAACCCCCUCUUCCUUGCUGUUGCUUUCUUCCCCUUCCUCGGCCCCAUAUUUGAAAAGUUAGAAUUUUCUUUUUUCCCCAAAUCUGUGACCGACUUCUUUUAUGCUUCUCUGGAGAAGAUUAAGUCAAACCGUGAGACCAGCCAGCAAAAGAGUCGAGUAGAUUUUCUCCAACUAAUGAUUGAUUCUCAAAAGAACAAUGGGUUGCAAACGGACAAAAGUGAGACGUACUUCAAACACUCACAAUAUCACACAGCUACACAUCUUACUAUUAUGAACCAUGUUGUAUUUUCUGCAGGAUUAAGUGACCAUGAGAUCCUUUCUCAAUCCAUGAUUUUCAUUUUUGCUGGUUAUGAAACAAGCAGCAGUUCUCUCUCUUUCUUGGCUUACAAUCUGGCCACGAACCCAGAGGUCAUGAGAAAGCUCCAGGAGGAGAUUGAUUCCACCUUCCCCAACAAGGCUCCUGUUCAGUAUCAGCCUCUGAUGGAGAUGGACUACUUGGACAGUGUCAUCAAUGAGUCUCUCCGCUUGUUCCCCAUUGCCGCACGUUUGGAGCGUGUGGCCAAAGCAUCUGUGGAGAUAAAUGGCCUUGUGAUUCCAAAAGACAUGGUUAUCCUGGUCCCCACAUGGCCUCUGCACCGGGACCCUGAGAUAUGGCCAGAACCAGAGAAAUUCAAACCUGAGAGAUUCAGCAAGAAAAACAAGGAGGACAUUGAUCCAUACACAUACAUGCCUUUUGGGUUAGGGCCAAGGAACUGCAUUGGGAUGAGGUUUGCUCUAGUGGUGAUGAAACUGGCAGUGGUGGAGAUCCUGCAGCAGUACAGCUUCUCUGUGUGUAGAGAGACUGAGAUCCCAUUUGAGAUGGAUGUCCAGGGUUUGCUGGCACCCAAAAGACCCAUCCAGCUGAAGCUGAUCCCUCGAUCCUAACCUUCCAGCUGAAGAAAUAUUUUUAAAUCAAAUUGUGAAGUUUAUUUUCUGAAAUUUAUAUUCCCUUCCCAUAAAUGAAUUUGUUGUAUAAUGAUACAUCUUAUAUAGCGCUUAUAAUACAACUUAAUCAAUGAGCUUUAUUUUCUGUCCCUGUUUUUCUAUAUGUAAUAAUGUAUAUUAGGAUAUAUAUGAUUUUUCCAGCUUAUGAAAUAUAUCUAAAUCAAAUUGUAAUGUUUAUUUGGUGAAGUUUACAUUCCUUUCCUAUAACUGAAUUUUUCAGUUAAGCCUAUAGCAUUGUAAGUUCCUUUUUCUUUAUAUGCUGAACUGAGAGAAAAAUAUUUUUAAACUGUGUUGCCAAUAAACAGUGUACAGGUGUACUUUAGACUGAUCACAGUAAAAUACCACUGCAUUGUGCUGCUUUAGAACACAGCACAAUGCCACAGAUGUUGCAAUUGGCAAACUGACUGCAGGAAUGUCAACUACAGCUAUUGCUUGUGAAUUUAAUGUUCAUUCCUCUAACACAAGUUCACACAUUCCUGUCCAAAGGCAUUUCAGAGAAUUUGGUAGUACAUUCAACUGACCACACAAUUGCAGACCACAUGUAUCCACACCAGCCCAAGACCUUCACAUCCAACAUGUUCACCUCCAAGAUCAUCUGACAUCAGCCACCCGGAUAGCUGCACAAUCUGCCAGGUUAUCAGCUUGACUGUAUCUGACUUGAGUGGGAAAAUUCUCAUAUUUGAUAGCCUCCUGGGUCUGGACAUACGUCAGACAGCAUGUGUGGCAUUGUGUUGGUCAAUGGUUUGCUGAUGUCAAUCUUGUGAACAUCAGCAAACAUUUGCUGCACAGUCAUGUUGGAAGAGGAAGUAGCCAGCUCCAAACUGUUCCCACAAAGCUGGGAGAGUGGAAUUGUCUAAAAUGUCUUGGUAUACGUAGUUCCUUUCACUGGAACUAAGGGGCCAAGCCCAGCUCCUGAAAUUCAUUGGAAUUCACUGAGCUCCUGAGAUUUACCCAUUCUUUCACAAAUGUAAAAACAGUUUGCAACCCUAGGUGCUUCAUUUUAUACACAUCUGGCCCUAGAACGAAUGGGAACACUUAUGAUUUUUAAUGAGUGAGCAAAUACUUUUGGCAAUAUAGUGUAUAAAAAUAUUUUAUUU